AUGUUUGAUCAAUUUUAUUGUUUAUUUUGCUAUAAAACAAAUAUGUAUUUGUUAAUAUCAACCAUGUUUUACACUAAUCAUAUUAUGAUCAAUGUGAUGUUUAGGACAAUUUUAUCAGCAAGAUCCAAUCACAAUCCGAUACCUCCUCAUAAUCCAAACGUACAUCAUCGUAUUAACCCACGUGUAUUCAAUUAUCCAACAUUGGCAGAAAUGAGACGAAAUUGGGCCUCACAAGAGAAUCCAGCAAUAACACAUCAAGUUCGAAUUGUUCCUCGAACACAAUUCCUAGGAAACCGUGAUGUUAAUAGAUCCACAAGGAGACUCGAGAAUGCUUUGGAUUUCAAUUCUGUAGUACAGGAUAUUUGUGCAAUUUUCACCUAUAAAAAUUAUACCAAUAUUGAUCAGAUAUUGCAUAGAUUGGGGUAUACUAAAGUGUUUGAGACACCAAAAUCACUAAUAUACUGCAAUGACAUGUAUUGCCUUAAAAUUGGUAUACUUGAUUUGGAUAUGGGACUAGAAAGUGAGAAAUUGAGUAGAAUUCGAUCAGAUCACGUUGUUAAAUUGUACAACCAUAAGACAGUCAAAAUGAAAUUAAUUCAUCAGGAAGAUAUUACCGAAGUAUCAAGUGAGAUUAAUGUGAGCUUUUUGUUACAGGAGAAGCUAAGUUUCAUUGCAUCCGUUCAUACAAUUAGACAAUGUGAAGAAGGUAUCAAAAAACUAGCCAAAGAUGUUUUAUUGGGAAUCAGCAAUAUCAAUUAUGCCAAUUUAAUUCAUACGGAUAUCAAAAACAAUAACAUAAUGGGCGUAGUCAAUGACGACAAAGUUACUUGGAAAUUGAUUGACCUGGAUUUAGCCGUACCAAAUAUAAUCGGUCAUAGACAGUGUCAUACAAUGUAUAUGUACUGGUUUCUACCACCUGAAUGCGCAUAUCACGGCUAUUUUACAACCAAAAGUGACAUUUGGAGCCUUGGAUUGUUACUUUAUCAGUUAUGUUUCUUUGAUAAGCGUGAUGGAUACGGAAUGCACAAAUUGAAACAGCACCUUCAUGGCCAUUUUGGAUAUAGAUACAGUAAGAGACACCUAGUCAAUAGAAACAGUCCAAUUCCACUGUCAUUUCCUGAUCACAUUUCAUCAGAUUGUAGGGAAUUCAUCAUGAAAAUGCUCAUUGUUGAUUACAAUCUACGACCAUCAGCAUCCACUUUGAUCUAUCACAGAUUCAUCACUGCAUAA